AUGUACUAUAUUACAUGUCAGGUACUAGUCGUGUUAACUCGCGGCAAUAUUGUUCCGAGUCUAAGGUCCCUUAAUGAGUCGGCAGACAAGACAACACACAGAGCGCAUGUGAAGAUGCCGUUUGCAGCUUCCAACACCCCUCCCCUCAGCCAGGGCACACGAUGUCACCACAUCUCGGGUCAAAACAAACAUGUCCGUGCAAUCAUGUCGUCAUGCCAGCUGAUGAAUUGA